CCCUCCGCCGCCCCGCCUCUCAUGGCCCUGGGUACCCACCCUGUUCUCCUGCCCCGUGCCUUGAGCGGAGUCCCCUCCGCUCCCCAUCUACCGGCCAGGCCCCGCUCCUCGCCCGCAUCGUCUCCUCUUCACAGCCUGUGUGCCCAGACCCCCACUGCGCCCCCUCAUUCCUCCUCCCCGACCUUCCGCUACCAUCUUCCCUCUGGGCCCGUCUGCUGCUGCACCCUGGCCUCUCCCCAUCCCCCACAUCUUCUCCCCGUGGCCUUUGUGCUUUGGCCCUUCCGCCCUAUACCCUGAUCUCAUCCUGUCCUGGGCCUUGAUUCCCCUCCUCUUCCCUGGUCCUUUUACCCUUACCCUCAUCUUUUCUAAACAGCCUUACUUCCCUGCACCGGGAUCCCUCAGCUUCUCCCUUCUGCCCUGUUUCUAGUCCCAGAUUUGUUCACUCAACCCUUCUACAUCUCAAUACUCCGGCUUUGCCUGAUGUCUCCUUCCCGGCUGCCUCCCCCAACUUGUACUACUUACUCCCAUCUGCUCUGCUGUGCCUUACGCCAACAGUUCUGUGAUUCAUCCUCCACCAUCUCCGUUUGCUCCCUCACCCCUGCUCCAUUGACCCAGUCCUGUGUUCUGUCUUUGUAUCUCUGAACCUACUUUGCCGCACACCAUAUUCCACUCUUAUCACCCUUCCCUGUAUGGAGUAUUUGUGAGUGGGUGGCUGCUCCAGAGAAGUCCUAGCAGCUCAUCAGGAGCUGGGGAAGUUUGAUUUUGUGUCCGUGCCCUCUGGCUGCAGCAGUGAUGAUAUUUCAGAUGAUUGGCCAGGCUACAGUUUGGAUUUAUUCACAUAUCCACAGCACUACUAUGGAGAUCUGGAAUAUGUGCUCAUACCUCAUGGUAUUAUUGUUGACAGGACAGAAUGCUUGGCCAAAGACAUCAUGCAAGACAUUGGAGACAAUAACAUUGUGGUUCUCUGUGUACUUAAAGGUGGCUACAAGUUCUGUGCUGACCUUGUGGAGCACAUUAAGACUCUCAGUAGAAAUUCAGAAAGGUCCAUCUCCAUGAAAGUUGACUUUGUCAGACUGAAAAGUUACCAUAAUGAUCAGUCUACACAAGAUAUGCAGAUAAUAGGAAGAGAAGAUCUUUCAAAGCUGACUGGAAAGAGUGUGUUAAUCGUGGAGGAUAUUAUUGGAACUGGAAGGACUAUGAAGGCUCUGCUUAAUAACAUAGAAAAAUAUAAGCCAAAGAUGAUUAAGGUAGCAAGUUUGUUGGUGAAAAGAACAUCCCAACCUGAUGGGUACAGACCUGACUAUUAUGGAUUUGAAAUUCCAAAUGUGUUUGUGGUAGGUUAUGCCUUAGACUACAACGAGCACUUCAGAGAUCUAAAUGUAAGUGUUUUCAGCUAUAAACAAGAUUUUUUUUCAGUUUGUUGGAGCCUUGAAGAGCCUGUCAUUUUCCUCUCCCUUGAGGCUUUAUGUCAUGGCCAUGGUCCUUCCAGCAGAAGAGGACCGAAUAGAACUCCCUUCAGAACCUCAGACACCAUUCCUAGAGGAGUCGUUGUUAAGCAUUGUGAGCAAUUCCUUCCUACCUCUUCUCUUGAAAUCUCUUUCCCCCACCUCCCAAGAGCUGAAUGAGUCACUUCUGCCACACUACCAUCUUCUAUGAGUCUGAAGAGUGAGGUCUUGUCUAUACUAGGAUUUUUGAGAUCUGUAAUUCCCAAUAAAUGCAGCUCAACCAGUGGAAGCUGUAAUAUAGGUACGGCUCAGAUAGCUUAGCUGUUUUAUUACUUUGUCUUCUAUCCCUGUUCUCAGUGAAUCAGAGAUAAAAGAGGCCUGACACUUGUCUAGCACUUCUACUGGUACUACCAGUGAUGGAGGUUCACCAGUUGGGAAUUACAGUCCAAAAAUUCUUAGUGUAAAUACAGCCUGAGAGAUUGGGAUCAUGACUCAAAUCUAGGUCUCUAAAGUGCAGGGUACUAAUCACUAGACCAUUUAGCUGGUCAAAAAUGAAAUAUAUUUCUGAUUAAAGACAAUUCAAUAAUGUAAUUAAUUAUACUGUUGCAAUCUGUGACAUGUUGUUUCAGCACAUAUGUGUUAUCAAUGACAACGGCAAAGGAAAAUACAAAGUCUGAAGCAGUAGGGUCCAAGCCUGAAGAUCUGUACAUUCAGUGAACUGGAAAUUUGACUACAAUCCUUGAAACAUAUCCCUGAAAACUAAUUUAGUAGACUUAUGUUUCUUUCAUCUCAGUAUAAAAAGUGGUUUCCUCUAAGGAUAUUGACUUUGGUAUUCAAAAGUGAGUGCUCCUCUCUAAAUAUGAAGCAUUGGGCUUUUAAAGUAUUGCAGGUUUUAAAUACUAAAAUUACAACAUACUGUGUCUUGUGACUAAUAAUUUAUCUACCUACAGACUUGUGAAUACAUCUUUUCUACAUUUAGUCAGACACUCUAAAUCACUUAUUAUUUUUACAGUUUGUAUACCUUGGAAUGUCAUAUACAGUUGCUCAGCCAUAACUUUACAUUGUGUUUUAAAUUUGAUUUUGUAAUACUGCAAACAUGUAUUAACCAGUAAAUUCAGCAUCACUUUAGUUCUAAUCAAAUCCAGCACUAAUGUUCAGUGUUAAUUCAUACACUGUUAGGUUUCAAAUGAAUGUGUGUGUUUGUGUACUUCUGACCACUAUUAUCUGCUCCAUUAGAAUAUUCUGAACUACAGUAUACAAUGAAUCUUAAUGAUGUUUUGAAAUAAACCUUUACAAGACACUCUUGAUUUGAACUUUCAAGAUGAGAUGAUAAUGGUGAGUCAUAUAUGUAUGGAUGUAUUCAACUGUGUUUAAUAUACUGAAUUUUAAUUGAAAGAAAACAAUGGUGGUGAGGCUUCAGUUUCUAAACUGCGUCCUUUUAUUUGUAUGGGACAUAAGUCACGGAAUGAACAAAAUGUUUUCAAGGGCAUAUUUCCAUAAUUAAAAAUAAUAAAGUACAAAAGUUUAAUGUUUGCACGGCAGUUAUUCCAGUAUAACUUUGGUUUUCAUAACAUUUUUAACAAAGUUAAGACAUUUCUAUAGUGAAUUGUCCUAUACAGGAAUGCAGAAAUGACUGUUUUGAAGAGUCCUACUAUAAAAACAGUAAACAUUUAUAACAAAAACUCAAUAUCAUAAAAAACAAGUCAGCAUCAUAAAUAUUGAAGACUCUAGAGACUUUCUGUUUUCCUUAAACAGCAUUUUUGAAAUGUUUGUUAAUUUACCUGUUGUAUUACUUUGAAAAAUGUAAUUAUGUGCUGCAUACAACUGUUCUCAAUAACUUCCUGAGGGAAGCAAAUGCCAAGUAAAUAACUAUAACAACAACAGCUUUGUUCUGAACUGUAUGAGGUAUAUUGUUGUUAGGCUCCGGUUUUCUUUAAACUAAUA